AUGUCCAAAGGGUACGCGGUGUUUCCCUAUAUCAAGCAGCCGAGGGUGACGGUGAUCAAUGAGGCCCUCAUCCGCAGCUGCAUCUACCUCACCCCCACCAUCUCCACCGAGGAGGAUCGCAUACGUGUCGUCAACAACAGCGAAGAGAAGGUGUUGAAGGACAAAAUGAAGCACCACGUCGAGACGAUGGAUUUGUACGACAUCACGACUCUGCUGCUGUCCUUUCGGCAUAUCGGGCGGAUUGAGAACCUCUACGGGUUUGGCAACCUGACCAAACUCAGCCUGGACAACAACCACAUCCAGAAGAUCGAGAACCUCGACCACCUGACCGGGCUGCGCAGCCUGAACCUGAGCUACAACGCGAUCCGCGUGAUCGAAGGGCUGGACUCGCUGGUCCGGCUGGAGAACCUUUCCCUGUUUGCGAACCAGAUCGAGGCCCUCAGCGGGCUCGAUCGGCUGGCCGCGCUUACGACGCUGAGCCUGGGGAAGAACGCCCUGGCGAACCUCGACGCCACCCUGCACUACCUGCACGGCUGCCGCCGGCUAAAAGUCCUGACGCUUCGGCAGAACCCGAUCGAGUCCGUCCUCCGCUACCGCGCGCGGCUGCUGGCCUUUGUCCAAACCCUGCGCUUUUUCGACGGCGCCUUGGUGAGCCCGGCGGAGAAGGCCAAGGCCUGCGAGGAGGAGCGCGAGAAUCUGCUCGCCAUCGACGAAAACGACGAGGCCGUCCUCGCCGCCGGGAAGGCCCGGCAGGACGAGCAGCGAAGCCGCGAGGUCUACCGCGGCUAUAACUGCCCCGACGACACCAAACUCUUCGAGGAGCUUUUGGCCCUGCAGCCGGAUGGCUAUAACCUGUCCGAGCUCCUCCGCUCCGAGGUGGUGAUCUCGUUUUCGAAGGACACCCUUGAGCGCUAUCAAAACGAGUUCAACGAGAAGGCCAAGGAGCUGACGGAGGCGAUGCGCGCGGUGCGCGAUCGCCGGGCCGCUGCGGAGGAUUCGACCCGCAAGGCCUUCCGCGGCUACAACGACAAGGUCGCCACCGCAUCGCGUGCGUUAAUUAAGAAAUUCGAGCGGCGCGUGAAGGAGGCGGUCCGGCUCAAAGAACUCGAGCCCGAGGGGGCCGAGAACGUCGAGGCCAACGACUACGAAGAGGAUCUCGCGAGGCUGAAGAAGGAAUUACUGAUGAGGGAGGCCGAGCAGUAUGACCUGUUUGAGUCCCUGAUUAACAACACCAUCGCCAAGUGGCGGGCCGAAAACGCGGAUAUCAUCUUGCAGACCGCCUUUGAGAAUUUCGCCAAGCUGGAGGGUGAUUUUCAGGCUUCGCUGCGGCAGGUUUUUGAUUUCAUGUCGGAGCAGAUUCAAAAGCGCGACAAGAUGGAAGAUUUUUACACCCCUAGCCGUUUAGACGAGGGACUGUUUGUGUUAUUAAAUAGCAAGGAAGAGUACCAAAAGGUCAUUAAUGAGUGGUUUGACCUCCGACGAAAGCGCCUGGAGGAGCUCGAAUUAUUCCACCUCAAGGUUGAGGAAAACUUCUUGAAUACCAAAGCGGACGAGAUCAUAUCCACUGAGCGUGAUCGCCAUCGGAAUUGUGUUUGCGAGAUUGCCGAAUUUGUUGAUCGGAUGUCGGAUCAGAUCCUCACGUCUAAUUUGAAGUGA